AUGAUGAGCGACCAGGACAUCGAGCGCCUCGCGCAUCCCGAGUUUUGGGACGAGCGGUACGCCACCGCCGAGGACUCGGCGCCGACGCACGAGUGGUUCCGCACCUUUGCCGAGCUGCUGCCCUUUCUCCAGCCCAAGCUCUUCAAUGCGCGCCCACCGGCGACGAAUCCCAAGAUUCUCCACCUAGGUUCUGGAGACAGUACCCUGCCGCGGGACCUCGCAGAACGCGGGUACGCGGACCAGCUCUGCGUCGACUUCUCCAAGGUAGUCGUCGACCUCAUGUCCCAGCGACACGCCGACGUCCCCGGCAUCCGGUGGCAGCUCAUGGACGUCUGCAACAUGGACGACGUACCCGCGGGCUCCAUCGACGUGGCCUUCGACAAGGGCACCCUCGACGCCAUGAUCCACGGCAGCCCGUGGAGUCCCCCGCAGGACGUGGUCGAGCACACGGCAGCGUACAUCCAAGAGGUAUAUCGCGUGCUCAAGGAUGAUGGCGUCUUCUUGUACGUCACGUACCGUCCGCAACACUUCAUUAUGCCGCGGCUCAACUGCCCGGGCGUGGACUGGGACAUUGAAGUCGUGGUAUUGGGGGGCGAGGCCAGCUUACCCUACCAUGGCUUCGUUGUGAAGAAGAAGAAGCAACCCACGCUGGCGUAG